AGUGCGGAGUGUCCCGCACAGUACGGAACUGAGUCAACGCAUUUUUCUGAUUCAAGAAGGGUAGGGUAGGGCGCAAGGCGGCUGGCCCCCGCAAAGAGAGCUACACAAGUCGGCUACUUCCCCAGCUGAAGCGGUCAGCUAUCGAAAGCAGUUGAUGUCUUCAGAUGACAUUUAAGACUUCACUGUGUAUUUAGUUGGUUUGACGCUAAUUCUCCGUUGGUCGUCUGAAAAUCACAACCCGACAAAAUGUCAGAUCCUGUGGUGGCCGACACUCGCCGGUUGAAUUCCAAGCCCCAGGACCUGACUGAUGCUUACGGUCCCCCCAGCAAUUUCCUGGAGAUAGACGUUUAUGAUCCACAAAUCGUUGGAGUCGGACGGGGCCGUUACACAACUUACGAAGUUCGCAUGAGGACGAACCUUCCCAUUUUCAAAUUAAAGGACUCCUGUGUGAGGAGAAGAUACAGCGACUUUGAGUGGUUAAAGAAUGAGCUGGAAAGAGACAGUAAGAUUGUUGUACCACCUCUGCCGGGCAAGGCCCUGAAGAGACAGUUGCCCUUUCGCAGUGAUGAGGGUCUUUUUGACGAGUCAUUCAUUGAGGAGCGAAGAUCGGGCCUGGAGCAGUUUAUCAACAGAAUUGCAGGUCACCCCUUGGCCCAGAACGAGCGCUGUCUUCACAUGUUUCUUCAAGAGGAAACCAUUGACCGUAACUACAUUCCUGGAAAAGUACGACACUAGGGUUAUUGAGGGAUACGGGCAGUUGGGGGUUAAACUGUUGGGGCUGUAGAACGGACUGCCUCUUGCCUUCUCUUCCCUCCUAACUUCUCUUAAUCUCUCUCUUUGUCUGUCUCUUUCUUUCACUCUGUGGAUAUUAUUGCAAAGUCAUAUCGUCUUUAUCUUGGAGUUAGAGCAUGAACUUUGGCAACACAUAGAACAUGUUGAUGAUGUUUCAGACAACUUUGACUCCUCUCUUCCGUGUGCGUUUAUUUUAUAACUGUAUAUUAAGAAAAGCACCUGUCAGUAGCAUUCAUAAUAUCGUUAAUAUUUGGCACUAAAUAGUAAUUUGCAGGAAUGGAAACGGUGUACGAUACAUUCAGACUUUCCACAGAUGAGUGUCAUAUAUUCAUGAUUGUAAUAUAAUGUGAAUAAAGUAGAAUAACGUCUAAA